GGGAGUAUAAUUGGAGGGGGAGAGCAUUAUUAAAGUCGAAUACAGAAAAAGGGAAAGUAAGUGAGAGAGUGAGGAGGAUGAUGAUGUCGAGAAUGAGAAGCGCUUUCACUGCUUGCUUCACUUCAGACGCUGUUUGUGACAAGGGCUUUCUUGGAUUUCUCAGACAUGGUACUCCUGCUCUUACUACUGCUAGUUCUUCUUGUCGUGUUAUUACACUUUCUCAAUCCUCCACUUGCCCUAACCCUAAUCACAUACCCAAUCAUCUUUCGGAAUUUGACCAAUUACUGUUGGAGAAAUCUAGAGUUGGUUUUGAUAAGCUCGAUGAUGCUCUUCGAGUGUUUGAUAAAAUGCUCCGUAUGAAGCCUCUUCCUAUUGUCAUGAAAUUUAAUCAACUCUUGGCCGCCCUUGUCAAGAUGAAACAUUACUCCGCGGCUGUCUCCGUCUUUUCAAAGAUGUGCACUUUUAACAUUGCUGUUGAUAUAGUUACUUAUAGUAUUGUAAUCAACUGUUGUUGCCAUUUGAAACGCGUUGAUUAUGGCUUUGCGCUGUUGGCUGCCAUCUUUAAGCGUGGUUUUGUCCCUACUAUCGUUACCUACACAACUCUUGUUAGGGGACUCAUAUCCCAGGAUAGGUUUCUUGAGGCUGAGCUUAUGUUCAAGAACCUUCUCAAGUACAAUGAGAUUCAGCCCAAUGCAGUUAUUUUUAACACCAUCAUUGACGGCCUCUGCAAAACUGGCAACACUUCCCAGGCUAUGAUGUUGCUUAGAUACAUGGAGAAGAAAGGUUGUAUGCCGAACGUUGUAAAUUAUAACACUAUUAUUGAUGGUUUGUCCAAAGACAGAUUAGUCGAUGAUGCUCUGGGUCUUCUUGCCGAAAUGAGAGACAAAGGCAUUCAACCAGAUGUUGUAACCUACAGCUCACUAAUUCUAGGUCUGUGCAACUUUAACCGAUGGGAUGAUAUAACACAAUUGUUAAAAGAUAUGGACAAACACAAAAUUUCUCCAGAUAAGCAUACUUAUAAUAUAUUGAUUGAUGCACAUGCCAGAGAUGGAAAGGUCAAAGAUGCUGAAUAUCUAAUAGAGUUAAUGAUUCGAAGAGGCCAACCUGCGGAUGUAGUCACAUAUAAUACGCUAAUGGAUGGAUACUGCUUGAGAGGAGAGUUGGAUAAAGCGUUAGCAGUGCUCAGAAUCAUGAGAAAUGAGGGGAUUUUCCCCGAUGCUCAUACCUAUACCAUAUUGAUCAAUGGUUAUUGUAAAAAGAUGAAAGUAGACACAGCCAUACAUCUCUUAGAAGAAAUGACCCUGAAAGGUUUAACACCUGCAAUCGAAACGUACAAUACUAUUCUAGAUGGGUUAUUUCGUGCGCGUAGGCUUGAUGAAGCACAUAAGUUUUAUAAGAAGAUGUUAAACCAAGGUGUUAAACGGAAUGUAGUGACAUGCAGGAUCUUGUUGCAUGGACUUUGCUGGAAUGGACUUGUUGUUGAAGCAAUGUCCGUGUUUCACAAGAUGGAGUCAUGUGGUUUAGUUCCUGACAUACAAAUUUAUUCUAUUCUGAUUCAUGGAUUGUUCAAGAAUGGCAAGGUUGACGAGGCAAGAAACCUUUUUCAAACUAUUCUUUUCAAGGGUUUACGGCCUAGUGUCAUAUCUUACAACAUUAUGAUCCAAGGAUUCUGUCAAGAGGGGUUGCUGGAAGAAGCAUAUAAUAUACUCUUGGAAAUGGAAGAAAACAAUUGCUUGCCUGAGGAAGUUACAUACAAUACUCUUAUCCGCGGCUGCUUUAAGAAUAAGAUGUAUGAUGGAGCUUGUGUGCUUAUAGAUGAAAUGUGUGCUCAUGGUUUCAAAGCAGAUGCCUCUACCACCUCCAUGCUAUUUGAUUUGCUGCAAUCGAAGGAGCAGGACCCUGCGCUCCAUGCUUUGCAAAAGAAGUUCAUGCCUUGAGUACAUCAAUGAGAGAGUUUAUUAAGUGGUGGCCGUGUUGUCUUUGCAUCAUUUUGCAAAACGAGAAGUAUGAUAAAGCAUGCAUUUUUUCUUCGGCAAAAUACUAGAAGCUGGGUUCUUAGGGGAUGCAUACCACCUGUGUAUUACGAGACCUACUUGGAACAAAUUAGCUGGAUCCUUCUACUCUUUCUUUUCGUAAAAAGUUUGCCAUGACACUCUGCAGCAUUAUAUUUUACUUGCAUUACAUUAGUUUGGUGCGUGCAGGAGUUGUGAAGAAACUUUGAGGAGUUUUGGGCCAUUCUUGAUUUAGGUCAUUACUAAAUGUGGACCAUAAGGAGUGUUGUCUACAUGAUGGGCUUCUGUGGUCAAGGACUCAAGGUUCUGGGCAACACUUUAAUGGGGACUUUUCAAUGGCUGUAGUUCAAGCUAAUAAUUUACUGGAGGCUCAGAGUCAGCUUGAAUCAGGCUGUCUGAGCUUUAACGAGUCAGGCCUGUAUUGUACUAUUGUAGGAGUUUAUGAUGGACAUUGUGGCCCUGAGACAUUGCCUUUAUCAGUGUUCAACUCUUUCAGCUUCUAAAGAAAUUUGCAUCUGAGCAUCAAUCCAUGUCAGAGGAGUUAAUAAGAAAGGCAUUUCAUGCAACAGAAGAGAGUUAUACAUCUAUUAUUCGCAAGCAAUGGCCAAUACAAAUUACAACUUGCCGCAGUCGGGUCCUGUUGCUGGGUUGGAGUGAUAUGCAUGGAAAUCUCUAUAUUGCAAAUCUUGGUGACUCAUGUGCUGUGUUAGGCACACUUGUCAAGCCAAGAGGGGAAGUUCUUGCUAUUCAGCUUUCAGCGGAACAUAAUACGUGCAUCGAGUACGAAGACGAGAGUUGCAUUCUGUUCACCCAGAUGAUCGGCAGAUAGUUGUAAUCAUAUGUAGUUCCUGUCUUCAGGUCCCAGAUCUGUCUUUCAAAAGCCGAGAACAACUCAAAAAAUUUGUGGUGUUUACCGGAACCGGCUCCAUGGCUAUUCUUCUCAGCCACUAUCAUCCUUCUGGAACUAUUUUUGCCUUUGCAAAUGAGUAAGUUUCACAAUUACAUUCUUAAUUUGAGUAUUGCCCUUACCUUCCUUGAUUGCAGGUGCUGAUUGAAGGUACAUGGAGGUUCCAGUUAGUAUUUAAAGUUGAAAGAAACAGGCACCUGCCCUGUAAAUUUAUCCUGGGUUUCUUUUGACUGGUUUCAGAGGUUAUGGACAAACUGGCAAAGGAGGAUAUUUUAACUAAAUGCGGAACAAAUGCUUACAUUAUUAAUAAGCUGAAGGUUUUUUAUAUAUAACUUAUGUUUCUAUUUAUUUCCUUGUUAGUUUUCCUUUCGUGAUCCUCACUGUCAUGGAAACAACAGUUCCAGAAAUCUGACUAUGAAUUUGAAGCUGUCAAAGAGGAAAAUUAUGGCCAGAUAUUUCGAAAUGGCAGUAAAGUUCAGCCAAACAUGGAUGAGGAUCAUAUGUGCAUGAGAUAAAUGUAGACCAACUAUAUUUGACUUGUAUAUAUUUUCUUUUUUAGGGGCGAAGUGUUUCUCUUCUGCUAACUAAGUACGGGAUCCAGUAACUAAUUAGCUUCUAUUCUUGUUUAUGUAUUUUUAUCACGCUCUUGCAAUGGACUACAUUACUGUUUCCAUGUUUCACAACAAGCUCGAAGUAGAGAAGUAGAAGUCAACCAUACCACUGUGCACAAACUAAUUGAUAAGAUGACAAAAGAAGGGUUUGACGAAGCUCAAAGCAAUAGAAGACUUGGUGUGAAAAUGGAGCAUUAAAAUUACAUUUGGUGCAUGAAUCAGAUUUGUUGAUCGAUAUUUACAUAUUCCUUUUAUUUUUGUAGGCAAGCCGGUGAUCAAUCCUUAUUUAACUGAGAAAAAAUUGCAUGAAGUCGAGAAAAACAAACUUGAACCUUAAUUAGAUGGUGGAAGUUCUGUAGGCACAUUACAACGCAAGUUUCUAUAAUUUUCUUGUGAACAGAUUUUUAAUAUGAAAAUUAUGUUGAUAGGAGCUAAAAGAGCUCUAAAGGAAGAUGAACCACUUAAAACCUCAGACAAUUGUUACAUAAUUGAUCAAAUUAUUUCUCCUCUAACUUGAACAGAAUGAUUCACUACUUUAACUCUUUAGUGAUAACCAGGAAGCAAAGAAAAUUGUCUACUUGUGGCGGAGCUCAAUUAGAUCAGAUCUAACUCGCAUGAUAGCCGAGCCUGAUGCUUAUCAAAACGGAUGUGUCAGGAGUGACCAUACUGUUGUAAGGAUGAAAGAGCAUGGAACCCUCACAAGCAGAGCUCAGGGAGUUUGAUGCAAUCAUGUGUAGCAAGUCGUCAUCUCAGAGCAAGUGGUCACAAAAGCAGGCAAUGCAAGUGCUGUUAAGGAUCCUAUCCUUCAGUGCACUAAACGCCAGAAGACUCAAGUCGCCUAAAAAGAAUCGGACUAUAUGGCCAUAUAAUUUCUGAUUAAAGAAAAUGGUCUCACCUGGGGUCAAAGUCAUUUUAAAUGCGUUACCAACAAUACAAAUGCAAAAGACAAGCAGCAUUCUCUUUUUUUAAAGAAACAACGGAGGAGCAGAGUUUCUAAAAACAAGGGCAAGUGCAAGAUGAAGACGAUGAUGAGAACGAGGAGGGCUUUCACUACUGGCCUCACUUCAAACACUCUUCUUCCACUCCCAAGACCUAUACUAUAUUCUCUUUUGGAUGGCUUAUUUCGUACGCGUAGGCUUGAUGAAGCACAAAAGUUUUAUAGGAAGAUGUUAAACCAAGGUGUUAAACUGGAUAUAGUGACAUGCAGGAUCUUGUUGCACGGACUUUGCUGGAAUGGACUUGCUGUAGAAGCAAUGUCCGUGUUGCAUGAGAUGGAGUCAUGUGGCUUAAUUCCUGAUAUACGCAUUUAUAAUAUCUUGAUUCAUGGAUUGUUCAAGGACGGCAAGGUUGAUGAGGCCAGAAGCCUUUUUUAUAAUCUUCGUUUGAAGGGUUUACAGCCUAGUGUCAUAUCUUACAACACUAUGAUCCAAGGAUUCUGUCAAGAGGGGUUGCUGGAAGAAGCAUAUAGCAUACUUUUGGAAAUGGAAGAAAACAAUUGCUUGCCUAAUGAAGUUACAUACAACACUCUUAUCUGUGGAUGCUUUAAGAAUAAGAUGUAUGAUGGAGCUUGUGUACUUAUAGAUGAGAUGUGCAUUCAUGGUUUCAAAGCAGAUGCCUCUACCACCUCCAUGCUAUUGGAUGUGCUGCAACCGAAGGAGCAGAACCCCGCCCUCCUUGCUAUGCAGAAGAAGUUCAUGCCUUGAGUACAUCAAUGAUCGAGUUUAUUAAGAUGCCACUACCACCUCCAUGCUAUUCGAUUUGCUGCAUUCAAAAGAGCAGGACCCCGCACUCCUUGCUUUGCAGAGAAGUUCAUGCCUUGAGUACAUCAAGGAGAGAGUGUAUUAUGGAAGCUGGGUUCUCUGGAGAUGCAUACCACCAGUAUAUUACAUUACAAGACCUGUACGGAACAAAUUACCUGGACCCUUCUACUCUUGCUUUGCGGUGAAAAUUUUGUCAUGGGUACUGCAAUCUCAUGACGCAAACACUCUGCAGCAUUAUUAUUUACUUGCAUUACAUUGUAAGUUUGUCUUUUAUUUCUGGCAGGCUGCUAAGACUUAACUUAAUUACUGUAGGGCUAACAUGUAGUUGCAUAAUGGUGUCUUGAGUGCAGCAAAUGUGAAGUACACCAACAUUUCCAUUCAUUUAUUGAUGUAUUAGUUAUUUGUAUUAUAUAUU